AAAAACGGACCAACAGAAAAUAAAAGAGGCCCCGUUUUGCCAAUUAGGGGAAUAUCAGCGUUCUUCUCAAAGUAAGGAAUUAAGGAGUGCCGUGCGAGAUUUAGUGGAGACGAUUGACGACGCUGAAGUGGAAAAGUGGCCUCGUGCAGCCGUGGUGCAAGAGACGACGAAAAAAACGAGUACACACAGAAAUAAAGGGUGUCUAAUGGUCGACAAGGAGAGUACCAGAACGAAGUUAUAUUGUAUCACGUGCCGCUGCGUGGGACCGUGAGACUAAUAAAUAGGAACAUAUUUUUGUGGUGUGUAUCUAUAUACGUCCAAAUGUACUUUGGAUAGUCAACUCGUUUACUUAAGGGAGCUGCAUGAGUGCGUGAUCGGGAGUCUCUCAUUGACAGAUCAUGAAACGGCUGAAAAGAAUCUCGAGAUAAAGUAAUCAAUAUCUCUGCAAACCUUCAAGAGCGCUUCUUCUAGCGCGUGUAGGAAUGCGUGCUAAUGGAUUCCUUAGGCACAUCCUACCUGUCACAGUAACCGGUGCGUGCAUGUGUGUGUGAGGUUAGUGUACUUAAAGCUGAGCUCCUUGGAUGUGAAUCUUGGAUAUUACGUCAACGAAAUUACCGUGCAUGUGUUUGUGUGUAAAUAAGACAUGUUAUAAUUGCCAUUAGGCAAAAAAAUUAGCACCGAUAUUCUGCUGGGCUCACAGAUGGUUUCUGUCGUUCGGAAGUCACCUGGAACGGCUUGCGAAGGCCUAUUUAAUCAGGUUUUGUAGGCCGAUCCAGUGACGUGGCUAUCAAUAUCACACGUAUCGAAAAAAGAUGACAACCCUUUUGGCUAGAGUGGAUACCUAACCGGACGAUCCGACGGCACGAACGGAUCCAGUUAACUUUUUCCCGGGGUGGCAACUCACUGAUACGAAAAAAAGAAAAAAGAACACUGUUCCACAUAAAAAAGAAGAGCAAGAAAAUUACUAAAAAAUAGCCCUUAAGCAACGUGCAUACGUGGGUAAAUUGACGUGUAUAGAGUGGGCAACUGUCCCUGAUCAAUCGCCCACCUUGACGAAGAUGACAUCCAAAUCGACGGGAAAAGAUAAUCUGCUGGAAAGUGGGGGGACAUAUCAUAUACACAAUGGCGAUGCUCAAAAUGGCCAUGUUAACCAUGCCUUCUGCGAAAUCCCGUUAGAUUCCAAUGGAAAUGGCACUCUUAAAGAGGGAGAAAAACAUGAUGAAAAAAUCUGCAUGCUAGAAAUGCCUGCCAACGGCGACGAGAAGAAUCGCCAGCCGUCCCCAACGAUAGUACCUGAUAACACGCAUCGAAAAUAUCUUUGGGGUGAAAAAUUAUACCUCAACAAAUCUGAGAACGAUCUCCGCCCACAUCCGGAGAUGUCACCUAACUGUCGUAAAUGGAUGUUAUUUUUAGUGGUAGCCAUUGUCAUCGCCUUAGCCUUCGCCGUUGGCAUCUUCGUCUCGGUCCGGUUAGCUGGAUCGAAUGCUUCAAGUAACGGUGUUAAAAGAGGCGGAAUCGGUUCGGGAGGCGUAGCAAUGCCUAUUAACGACAAUGAUAUUGAAUCAACGACACGGGUUCCAGCAAUAACCCCACCUGUUCCAGAAGAAGAAACUACAGCAGCUCUGCACAACGCAGUUCUAGUCUCGUUGACGCUACCCGACCAAACGUUGACAGCAAAUCUCAGUGAUCGGAAUUCACAGGAGUUCAAAAAUCUUAACCGGACGCUCAUCGAACUUAUCUUGAAGUCGAUGGAACACUUCGAUAAACUUCCGACCAGCGCUCGCAUUGUGGCACUUGAGAGCGGAUCGAUCAAGGUAAAGAUUGCGUUCGAAUUUGAGGAGGAGCAGCCAGAGCUCGGAGCCCGCGUGAAUCAAGCGUUACGCAGAUUUCUUCAUGCGAAUGGCGGACAUUUUGCUGACGCAAGCGGCGACCUUACGGUGCUGUUAGAUUCGAUUCAGACCAAGGAGAUACAAAACAAGUGUCGCAGUUAUCACCUGUGUUCUUGGCCGGCGGUAUGCCGAUGGGACUAUAGAGCGGAUGAGCCAAUUUGCGAAUGCCCCCCUGGUUUUGAACAUGCUUCCUACGACAGCAAAACGUGUAUUGAGGUAUCCUAUGAAACUACUACACCACAGCCCGAACCGAUCCCUACUAGCGAACCGGAGCCUUCUAGUGAACCAGAACCUGCAAUUGAGUCCUCGACUCCUGAGCCUAUAUACUCCCCGAUUUGUAUCUCGGAGCCAACCUCUGAGCCGUCCGCAUACACGUCCGAGCCAAGUCCAGACUCAUCAUCCGAGUCCGAGUUUACAACCACUACUGAAAUCGUUAUCGAACACAUAUCGCACGCAAAGCCCAAACCGCCCCCUGAACCCACACCGGAACCCUACACCGAGCCCACCGCUGAGCCCGAACCCAAGUUAGUGGAAACGACAGAGCCUUUCACAUCAGAGACAGCACUUUUUAUCGCUUCCGUAGCGGAACCUGCUCCUGAAUCUACCCCUGAACCGAACGCGGAGCCUACGGCAGAACCUUUUCCGGAUUCGACGUCUGCAUCCUCCGCCAAACUCGUUCCAGAGCCGACGAGCGAAGCGAGCGACUUUAAAUACACGUCUGACUUUUCUACCCCGGAACCUGCAGCAGAGCUUACCACAAAAAUGUCUACAGAAGUUGUGUUACCCCAUGCAGACAAUCGCAACCCUAAACAUCUGGAGGACAAUAACAGCGCAGUAACUGCUGAACCAGCCCCAGAACCCACAACUGAACCGACCCCGGAACCCACAACUGAACCGACCCCGGAACCCACAACUGAACCGACCCCGGAACCCACAACUGAACCGGCCCCAGAAUCUACAGUUGAGCCGGCCCCAGAAUCUACAGUUGAGCCGGCCCCGGAACCGACAGCUGAGCCAGUUCCGGAACCAACAGUUGAGCCAGCCCUGGAACCGACAGUUGAGCCGGCCCCGGAGCCGACAGUCGAGCCGGCCCCGGAGCCGACAGUCGAGCCGGCCCCGGAGCCGACAGUCGAGCCGGCCCCGGAGCCGACAGUCGAGCCGGCCCCGGAGCCGACAGUCGAGCCGGCCCCGGAGCCGACAGUCGAGCCGGCCCCGGAGCCGACAGUCGAGCCGGCCCCGGAGCCGACAGUCGAGCCGGCCCCGGAGCCGACAGUCGAGCCGGCCCCGGAGCCGACAGUCGAGCCGGCCCCGGAGCCGACAGUCGAGCCGGCCCCGGAGCCGACAGUCGAGCCGGCCCCGGAGCCGACAGUUGAGCCGACCCCGGAACCUACAGCUGAGCCAGCCCCGGAGCCUACAGCUGAGCCAGCCCCGGAACCUACUGCUGAGCCAGCCCCAGCGCCAUCUACAGAAGCAACUCCGGAACCAGUUAGUGAACCUCCCGCUGAACCUACUCCUCCAUUAGCUAGUGAAUCUUCAGUAGAACCAACUACAGAAUCAGCUAGUGAACCGUCCGCUGGGCACGAAUCUAAGUCCUCAGAUAAAGUUACUCCAACUCCUGAGUCUGAACCUCUAGAACCUGACACCGACGAAGCCAAAGAAAAGGCUGUAUCCCCUAAACAAUCGGCUACUGGGUUGCAACACGAACCUUUUCAAGAAGCAACUUCUGAAGCGGUAGCCGAGCCUGCAGCAGCGCCCAUCCUCGCGGGAGCAUCACCCUCAGAUAGCGACAAGGACUCGCCAUCCACCGAAUCUAGCGACCAGCCUGAACAUGCGAUGUCCCGUGGACCCAAAUCCGCCGAGUCAGAAAUUACGACUGUAUCAAGUGAGAUUUUAGCGAGCUCCACAGUGUCUCCAAACAUCCAAGGGUCACUAGCUGACUUCAAGUUCACCACGUCGGCACCACAGCUCUCGUCAGAGCCGGAAGUGUCUGAAGAAUCAAAACCUUCUUCUCAAGCGGAAGUCUUAGGAGAGACUACUACUGCAUCGAUUGUAACACAAGAGUCUUUUAUAUACAGCUCGUCACUGAUCCCACUUGAUCUGAAAUCAUCAAAUCCCAACGAGACAUCUUCUACGGAAAUUGUUGCGACAUCGGUCCAGCCAAAUACCACCACUCGCGCGGAUGAAAAUUUGCCCAAUGCGGAAAAAUUUAUUGAUACCACAACGGUCUCAGCUUCAGGUGAGACGUCACAAAGGAAAGGUUUAUCACUCGACGAAGAAGUGACCACGGUUGCCGUCAAUGAGACAACCAGCAUUACAAGCGCUCUCUGUAGAGAAACCGAAUUUCUAUGCGACACGAAGUGUAUUGACCUGUCAUUGAGAUGUGAUGGUUUACUUGAUUGUUUCGAUCAGUCGGACGAAGCAAAUUGCGUCCAGACAAAAUGCGAAAGGAACUACCUUUGCGCAAACUCGACAAUUUGCAUUCCGCAAGCGCUUCGCUGUGACGGGGUCAAAGACUGUCCGGACGCUGACGAUGAAGCAGAUUGUGCUGAAACUAUCGAAAGCUGUGAGGGUUUAUUGGUGCUAUGCCCAGACAAAUCGUACUGUAUAAAACCUAGUCAGGUGUGCGAUGGUGUAUUCAAUUGUCGUGACCGUUCGGACGAAUCGAAAUGCCAAGAACGUAACGAUUGUGAGAAUGUGCAGAAAAACUUUUUCUGUCCUAAGGAAAGUCUUUGCAUUGACGGUAGUCUACGUUGCGACGGUCACAAAGAUUGCCAAGAUGGAGCAGAUGAGCAAAACUGUACAUGUCUUCCCGAGCAGUUUCAGUGCGAUAAUGCUUACUGCGUGAGCAAACCUAGUGCUCGUUGUGAUGGAGUUCUAGAUUGUAAGGAUGGAACUGAUGAAUUGGACUGUCUAAGAACUGAUGAUAAGCUCACUGUAGAGGUAUUCGAUCCAAUGCAGCAACAGUUUACUCUUCUGUGCGGAGAUAACUUCACAGCAAGAAUGAGCGACGCUGUCUGCCAAGAAAUGGGAUUUCAAAGAGCUGCUAAUUACGAACAGGUCAAAUUGGAACUCAAUGGCACGCAGUGGGCAUCGUGGGAUGAAAGUAAGACAGCUUCAUCGGCACUAUUUUCUGCUGGAGUCCAAGGAAACUCGUCCUGUAGUGGCUUAGCGGUUCGUUUGCAGUGCCAAGAAAUCGAGUGCACGCAUAAAGGUCAAAUUGAAUUCCUUCGCCGUAGGCGUGAGACAGGUGCUGUGGACAGUGACACUGACGAAACUCCCUGGUCAUACCUCGUGCUUGUAGUAGGACCAAACAAUUCGACUGCGUGCCAUGGGCAGGUUAUCACACCGCAACACCUUAUUACAUCGGCACUCUGCCUUAAAAGUCUAGAAGUAACAAAUCCUGAUCAGCUGAAAAUCUAUUCAUCGCACUCGGGAGACAGACGACGCCAGGAGUUCACGGCCCGCAGUGCCUUCUAUCAUCCGCAUUUCUCGCAAUUUCGAUCUAAGAUCUUACCAGAUUACGACGUUGCUGUGAUUCGCGCUAAAAUACCGAUGACCAUAGCUGACAAAAGAAUUCGUCCCGUUUGCAUCUAUAAGGACGUCCUCGUUCCCGGAAUAACGUGUUUCGUUGACUCAUAUGGCAAUGGAGUGGCUCGUUCACAUAACUACACCACAACAGUCUCGAAAAUGCCACUAGUUAUUAACGAUUCUGCGCAGUGCAAUCAAGAGAUGAUCUACGAUAAGCAAGUGUCCCAGCAGAUGAUUUGUGCCUCUGCCGACCUUAGCGGAAACGCAAACCGUCAGCCCUGCGAUACUGAUAUUGGAGCGCCCUUAAUGUGCCUAUCUGCGGUCGACAAAUGGAAGCUGGCGGGCCUACUCUCGUACCAAAGGUACUGUGGGCGAUUUAAUAAACAGCCAACGAUCUUUGCCAGUGUUCAUUCCAUGCAGCCCUGGAUCAAUAAGGUUACGGGAAUGUCUUUCUACAAUGUGACCAAGUCACACGUGAAAUAUUAUUUGCCUGCUGAACCCGAGACCACAAUGGCGCCAUCUACACCCCCCCCUGUCGAAGACAGAUCAGACGGGGCACAUUCGACGUUGUCGCCCCCGGCUGCAGACAGCGAUGGGAGCGAAACAACGACUCUUAAACUGGUGGAAAGUGAACUAGGACGUGAGGACCAAUCGAGGGAUGGUGGAGAAAUAACCACAGAGUCCGUACCAACCGUGAUUCCGACAGAACAAGCAGCCGCGGUCGAAGACACAAGUGCCCCACCUAGUACGACGACGAUAGCCCCACCCCAGCUGUAUGCCGCUCAGACAGAGCCGCCCGUUAUCGAAGUCCGAAAAGAAGGUGCCUCGGAGCGUCGAGUUGCUUUGAGUCGGUUUUCAACAGAAUCCACCCAAGAACAGCCUUAUCCUGCACUUGUUAGUAAGCCCUCCUCCACUACCGAGGCACCGGCGGCAAAUAAAACAAAUUUGUCUUCAGAUGAAGUUUCGUCUGAGGUGACAGCUAUCGUAACGACCUCAGACGUAAAUCCAUUACCGUCUUCAUUGACUAUCAACACUUCAUUUGAUACAAAGCCAAUUGCACGGGCAGAUGAAACUGCUACAGAAUCAAAUCAGUCUGUCGAACUAGAUGUUACGGCCCACAGCGGAGCAACGAGCUCUGAUGUGCCUGACGUGUCGGCAACAACCACGAUAUCGCUAACCUCCCCCGGAAACGUUUUGACACUACAAUCGCUACGGUCCUCAACAUCAUCCGACGUUUCGCCUACCUCGACCGAAGUUUCACAGACCACGCAGCAGCAGCAGCAGCAAGACACUCCAACAGCAGCAGGGGUAACAAUGGUGGAAUCUCCAACCUCGUCACCUUCUAACGCUGCGGAAAUUACUAGCGUCAGUAGUACGACUGAUGCCCUUAUGGAACCAGUUAGUCUGUAGGCAAAACACAAACUAACAGCUUGAAAAUAACAAAAAUGUACUGCCUAAAAGCAAUACGCGGGAGUUGGAUGUAACAACGACUCUGCCGAUGGAUAAAUUCGACAUUUAGGUAACCGAUUUGCAAAUAAUGUCUUUGUAGCGCACUUAAUAUUAUGCGGAAAUGCAUUUACUUGUACAGCGAAAGGGAACAUCGCUGAAAAACACAGGGAAUCUAACAGUAGAUAUUGUGAGAAUGAAGCCCUUCCAGUUAGAAAACGAAGGCUAGACAAGCGUCACCGAACUGAGCGGUGCUGUGCCAACUAGAACGGUAGAUAAAAGUAGUCGAGUGAUUAUUUUAGUUCGCUUAAGGUAAAUUCAGACGACCCACAUGCAGGUGAUAUAAAUGUUUGUGUGCGAUCGUGAGUGUGUUCAUAGUAAAAAAAAAAACAAUUAUCAACC